UCCUCCCUCCUCCCUCGUAAUCAUAAUCCUCCCCCAAAUUAAAUGAUCAUAAAUUAAAACAAGUUUUUGUGACCACCAUGGAUCCCGACUACAUAGAGAGCACGGAUUCGUCGUCGAACGCGUCGUCGCAUCUGCAGCUGCCGCCCGGAUUCCGAUUCCACCCCACCGACGAGGAACUCGUCGUUCACUAUCUCACAAGAAAGCUCUCUUCUUCACCGCUUCCCGCCCCCAUUAUAGCGGAUCUCGACUUGUACAAGUUCGAUCCCUGGGACCUCCCAGGCAAGGCGGUGUUUGGGAAGCAAGAAUGGUAUUUUUUCACACCGAGAGAGCGGAAAUAUCCAAACGGGGCGAGACCAAAUAGGGCGGCGAUAUCUGGGUAUUGGAAAGCGACUGGAACUGACAAGCCCAUUAUGACAUCCAAUGGAACUCACAAGGUUGGCGUUAAGAAAGCCCUGGUUUUUUAUGGUGGGAGGCCUCCAAAAGGUGUCAAAACCAAUUGGAUCAUGCACGAGUAUAGGCUUCUCCACGCCCCUAAUAAUUCCAACAACAACCCCACCAAUCCGAAACCCUCUCUCAAGCUUGAUGAUUGGGUUUUGUGCCGGAUUUACAUGAAAAACCCUGCGCAAGCAUCGACCAUCAUGGAGGAGCUUUCCCGGGUGCCGCUGAAGCCGGUGGCUUCCGGCGGACACAAGGGCGGCGGCAACUGCUACUUGGACGUGGGGGUUUUGUCAAGCGACGGCGACGAUAUUAUUCAUCAAAACGCUUCGAAUAUCUCGGAGUUGCCGUCGUCGAGCUGCAGUUCCAAAGCCACCAAACGCGGCCUUCCAUGUCAGCUCUGGAACGGCGGCGGAGCAAAGCAACUCCGGCUUGAUCUCAUCAAUAGCUACAGCAGCGGCGUGACGUCCGGAGCCGAAGAAAACACGGUCUCCUACGUGUCUCUUUUAAACCAACUUCCAGUGCAAAACGCAGCGUUUCAAGUUCAACCCAGUGCGCCACUUCUCGGCUCUCUCGGCGACGGCGUUUUGAGGCAACACUUCCAACUUCCCACCAACAUCAAUUGGAACUCUUAAUUAACUUAAUUCAGGUAAUAUUGCCACGUUUUAGCCACCAAAAAAACAUAAUUAUAGGAUUUUCAAUUAAGACUAAAACCUUAUUUUGUUUAGAGAAUAUAAGUUAGUUCAUGUAGGGUUGUCAUGGUGUAUUAGAGAUUUGGGGGGAUUAUAUGUUAUUAUAAUUAGUGAAGUAUUAAAUUUUAGUUAAUUAUAUGCAUUAAAAGAGAUGAUUUGUAUUUUGCCAGCUUGAAA